AUAAUCUCAUUAGGAUCUGAGAAGUUAUGGAACAACAAACCUUACUCCGCCAACAAUUCCCAACAAUGUCCCUACCUCUCUUGUCAAGCCACAGUGUCAAUCCUGCCAAGACCACUUGGAGAUGUCAAACUGUAAGAUCACUUGGAGGUCACUCUGUUCCCUUACGACUCCAACCAUCAACCUCUGGCGCAGUUCAACGACAGCAACAGCAAAGAUUUCUGUUGUCCUUUUCUUUGUAGCUGACUACUACCCAAGGACAUAUUGCCACGACUUAACAAAGUCCUCGUUCCUUUCAGCCCCAGUAAAAACGUCCCCUGGAGGCAAAGGCAAAGUUUCUUGGACACACGAGAGAGAAACAGAAAGGUCACUCAUCCAGUGGAGGGGCCGACAUUUGUCCGGGGGAGAGAACCUAAUGGAGAUACAUUUGGUGUCCCUUGGAGACUAGUGAGCUACUCUCAACACAGCAAUGCUUUUUGAUGUGCAACACCUCUGGCUUUUAAAGACACUCCCCAGCGAGGCCGUUACAGUUCAACUCUUUGAGACAAACUGGUCACUGUGAAAACUAUUUUUUUGUUUGUUUUUCAGCUGACCUCUUUCCUUGAAAAUAGUUUUGUUUCCUACGUUGAGUUUCUUAGGAGUCACUGUGAUAUGAAAGCAGAGGUCCUGGCUGUUACCAAAGGGCGAUCAAUCCCAUUGACUAUUUUUUUGGUACCCUUUCAUGAGAAAGUGCUAUCGAUAAUGUACAUUCCAAAGCUGUUUCAUGACCCUAUAUUUCUAUAUUUCUUCUUGUUGGUGCAUGGGGAGUCAAUAAGAUUGCUGUGUACAGGUACAGUAGUGUGAGGGCUCAAGCCGUGGUGAUGGCAAAGACCCAACUGUCCCUCUACCCUGACUUCCUGAACCCAGAUGUGAAGGAGUGUGAGCGCACCACCACCAACGAGCCUGUGGCCUGCUUCACAGUCAUGAUGUGCAUUAGUGUGUCUGGCCACAGCAUUCCAGAGGAGAUAGUUCUAGAUGCAAUUACACAGCCAAUGGCCAGGAGGGCCCUGUUUCUGCACACAAAUCUGCCCCGAGAGUAUUUCCAGCUAACCAUUCAGAGAGAUGUGGGAGUGGUCUGCAGGAACCAAACCGCUUACCUAAGGCAUGAGUCAGAGUUCAAGGACAAGCUGAGCCCCAUCUUCAUCUCCCUGAACUACAGCCUGUCCAACUCCAACUCCCAGGAGACCAUACUGCAUGGCCAGAGAGCUGUGGUCACACAGACCAGGAUCAUUCUGGACUGCGGAGAGGACAAUGUCUGUGUCCCUGACCUGAGGCUGACUUCUGAAGCAUGAGUGUCAAACACCCCUGAGUUCCACAUCACUCAGUAGUGUCAUCUGUUUUCUUGGUCACUCUACAUUUUCAAGACAUUGGCCAAGGGAGAUCUCUUGAGAUUAGUGUGAUGGAAAAUAGGGUUACAUUUGACUUUUUAUUUGUACUACGAACCAUGCAGCAGGUUGAUCUGUGCUCAGAAGAAGGAGAACCAGACAGUGGUGGUGGUCUGUGAGCUGGGGAACCCUAUGAAG